AUGGCCGGGGGCGUUGGGGACCCCUGCCCUAGAAGAAUGCAAGUAGAACCUGGGCAAAAGCUGCUUUCCUCUGCCCCUGCCCUCUCAGAAUAUCCCAACCCAGUGAAGAAAUCUGUGUCUCAAGAUUCUGUCCGCCUACCCAAUCUCCAGCUGCCGAUCAGAAACACCUCUCAUGUCAUAGCAGAUGAAUCAGGCUUUGACAUCAUCCCACAAGACCCUGAAAAAGUUUGCGAGGGCAAAUCCAAGCCCGCCAUCUCGUUGCUUCUCCCGUCCCUAAAACAGGUGCCGGAGCUCAGGCCCCAGCUGACCGAAAUUGUCGAGGCUACGCGGGGUGGGGCUAAGGCUAAGCGUCGGGACGCCGGGCGCACGAAUUGUGCGAGCCUCCGGGCGAGCUGCGCGCUGGACAGCACCUGGCCCCGCGUGCUCCGCUGCCCACUGCGCCGUGCGCACAUUCGGGCACAUAUCAAAGGUUUAGGGCAAAGACAAAAGGAGGAAGUUUUUUUCAGGAAGAUCUUCAUCUUGCAACUGGUAGAGCUCGUGCUAACCUACAAUUUUACUGACUGUGACUUUAAGAAGAUUAAAGAUAUUUACCAGGACGUCAUUCAUCCAGAACUGAAUAUAUAUAUAAAUGGGACGAAGAGUAUCUGGUUUAACAAGUUCGUCUACUGUGAAGACGCGCCGGAUUGCCUCAUUAAAAUCGAGCACUUUACCUUCAAACCCAUCUACGGCUGUGUCUCACUCGCCAAGGAAACCUUCGCCCAGCAAACUAAUGCUACGCUCUCCCUCGAGUGCUCAGGCUACUCCGGAAUUCAGGUAAACCGAUGCAUCCGAAGGUCGCAUUUUAAUAUCUUGGAGCUGACCUUGAAUUCAAGUAGGGCUUCCGUGCAGAGUUGUGAUUUUUAUUCAGGUUCUGUCUUUCGAAGGGCAAGUGAGCGGGUAAAACCUGUAGAUUGUCGGUUAGUCCCACAUUGA